GUGCAGAACCUGGAGAACCGCGCCUCUACCGUGUUGCUCCGUAGUGUGCUUGACGACGACGACGCGACGCUCUUCUGGAUGCUCUAUGCUACCACACUCUGCUAACAAAGCUGACGACGGAGGAACAUUUUCACCGUUCCGAGUGGAGCACGAAUCGCGCGCGCUUUUGUGGGAUUUAUUGCGUCUCGGUGCCCAGUUUGGAGUGUGAUUCCGAAGCGUGAGCGCAACAACGACGCCACCUUGAACGAAAUGUCGGACAAACCAAGCGACCAGUUGGACAUGAAAAAUUCCGUCGAAAUUCCUUUGGCAGGACAAAGCACCGAAGGUGGAGCGAAAAAGCCUCCGUGGUUGGUGCUGAAGAAGUACGUGAACUCCAAAAAUGUGCGAAGAUUGCUCAAAGCUGUACAAGUGCUCAUUGGGCUGCUCAUCCUAGCGUUAAUCCGUCCGAAGAACCGUUGCGGCUUCCUUUACAACCAUCAGGGUCUACCGGAGUACGUGCUGAUUCUGCUCACCUAUCUAGUCACUAUUGUGACCCUCAUCCUGCUGGUGGAUUCCUUUGUGAAGGGUCAACCCAUUCGUAGGGUCUUCACAUUGGACCUUUGGUCCCGUUUGGAGCUCUGGUUCACCGGGUUGGCCGCUUUGGUCCUUCAUAUCGUAUCCUACUUCAUACUGGCCCUGAACCUGAACUGCAACAACCCUUCGUCAAUGAACGUCACCGGAAUCACCUUCGGGUUGAUCGUAUCCGGGCUGUAUCUGGCUGAUUGGUGGCGCAUCUUCAGCGACCGGAAGAUACCAAAGCAGGACGAAAGCUUCGAAGAAAUCAACAUUACUUCCAGUUAAGAAGUGGAAACAAAUAUCAGAACAAAACCAAAAGUCUCACAAUAAUUAUACUAACUACAACUUCCUACUCUACACGUGACCAAAACCAAAGCAUAAUCCCAAAAACAGUAGCUAAAUUGAUUAACUUUAAAUUGCACGUAGCGGUGCCAUAUGCAUGUGUGAUUGUAUGGAAUUGAUGUGUUUUCCCUCCUGAAUGGACCGAUUCUUCUAUGUGAUAAUUUUGCAGUUCACUUACAUAUAUAUCAGAUAACAGAGGGGACAAGAGGGUAACUAUUUUAACCCGAUAAACAAACAAAAACACACAUCUCGUACGAAUCAUUCGCACAACGGAGACAUAUAGUUAGAGGGUACAAGUCGUAUUUAACAACAUCUAUAGAUAGUUUGAAGUAUUUUUAUUUAGGUUAAGAAAAGCUUUUGAAAUGCAAAUAUUUUUUCUAUAUUUUCUAUGCAUGUGCCAUAUCAGCUGUCAAUAAAAUCGUGGAUAAAUGUGUUAAAAA